AUGGCUACAGUUGUUUCCCAGGUUGCUGUUAACCAAGAGAAGCCAGUUGACAGAGAGAAGACAUGUCCAUUGCUCCUGAGAGUUUUUUGUGCUAAUGGGAGGCACAAUCCAAUAUCCGACUAUAUGAGAGGUGGAGUGCCCGCAAACGAGCUUCAAAUGUACACCUGGAUGGAUUGCACACUUCGAGAGUUGACGUCGCUUAUCAAAGAGGUUAAUCCAGAUGCUCGACGUCGUGGAACAACUUUUGACUUUUCCAUAGUCGCACCCGAUCGAAUGAACAACCGCUACACCAUCCGCGAUAUUGGAAAUACUAUGAACGGUCAGAGAGGCGUUGACGAUGGUAAAUCGGUAAGUCUAAUGUCGAUACUACGUCAUGAAUUUGGUAUUACCGCCCGGCGUCCAUUCUAA